GCACGCGCUGUCAUCCUGCGCUUUCACCGGCAGCGCGAAGAACCUGCGAUCAAACACCGGAGAGUAGAUAGCGAGGGGUCGCGAGAAGCGCACGUUGUUUACCGGAGUGCUCGGCAACGCUUUCCCGUCCAGAGAAGAAGUCGCCGAGGGACUCUGCUGACACUUCACAGGCGACUUCGAAAAUACUGGAAAUUUCCUCUCCCGGUAGAACAGCGUCUUGGGUCCGAGGGAGCACUGGACCAUCGCGUCGACCUGGGCGUUGACCUGAACCCCGAACUCCUUGGUGUUUGCCUUCCGGAGACGAGGGGUAAGGUUGGGAUUCACCUGAGACAAGAUGGCCUUUAGCUGGGCCCGUUUACACACGUCAAGAUAGUCCAGCGCUUCGGGAGGCACGUAGAUGCUCCCCUUACCCCAGGUGUGAGGCUUGAACUUCGGGUUGCCUUGGAUGAUAGGCGCCAUCAUGGGACCGCAGCCCUGAUAGCCAUUAAAGUUGUAUGGAGAAAACAUAAACCCCUCCAUCGUGUAUAGAAGACGAGGUGAGCCUGCUGUGGUUUAUAUUUGCACGUCCGCCCUCCAGUCAAGACGUCACCCACAGCGCUAAUUGGGCCCGACCUAUUUGAUGAUUAGCCGCUCAAGUGAGGACAGAAACCUCUGUGAUGAAUAUGCAAGACUUGGACUGGAAGCAGAAAUGUUCUCCACUGACAGGUACCAUGAAAGUACCAACUACACCAAAGGAAACUUUCAACGCAACCAUCAGCAGAAUAGAGAGGAUGUUUUUAAAGCCUUGAACAGAGGUGUGGAUCUGAUCAUCGUUGACAACACAAACAUUUCUCUUUGGGAGAUGUGGCCCUAUAUCCACAUGGGGAUGCGACAGGGUGACUAUUACAUCACUAUGAUGGAGCUGCCUAAAGGCUAUCCUCAGAACUAUAUCUCCAUCAACAAGCUGUACAGAUGUUGUCAAGGUAACAUCCCCAAGCGUAAGUUCAGGUCCUUUGAGGCUCGCUGGGAAGACGCUUACAACAUCUGGCAUGUACUUAACGACAGCUACUCCAUAAACCGCUGGGAGCAACGCGAAGAGGAAUGGAACGUCCAGUGAUGAAGACAUGCUGGUCUUCUCCCCCCCCCAAAUUCCCCAAAAUCC